UGAAAGAGAUAUUCCUCUGUUAUUUAUAAGAGGAAAACUUUGAUUUCUUGUGUGAACAAAGCCGCGCGCCAUUUCACGAAGGUCACUGAGCGUUGAACUACGUGCUUUAACGGCAUUCUAGGCGAGAUCUUAUUGGUAGUAGUAUACUCUCGUUCUAAUACGAGCCAAAAAUGCCAGGAUUUAGCAGCGUGGGUACGUUUAAAAUUUUUAUUGGUAACUUAGCUGAUAAAACAUCAAACGCUGAUAUCAAGCCACUUUUCGAGAAAUAUGGAAAAGUCGUAGAAUGUGAUGUUGUUAAAAAUUAUGGAUUUGUGCAUAUGGAGAAUGAAGAAGCUGGAAGAAAUGCAAUUCAGAAUUUGAAUGGACAAAUAGUUCAUGGACAGCCCAUAAAGUGUGAAGCUGCAAAGAGUCGUAAAGGACCCAAUACCCCUACGACAAAAAUUUUUGUUGGCAAUCUUACAGAUAACACGAAAGCACCUCAAGUGCGCGAAUUGUUUGCUAAAUAUGGCACUGUCGUAGAAUGCGAUAUAGUGAGAAACUAUGGAUUCGUCCAUCUAGAAGCCACAGGUGACGUGAACGAUGCCAUCAAGGAGCUUAAUGGGCAAAUCGUCGAUGGUCAACCUAUGAAGGUUCAAAUUUCCACUAGCAGAGUACGACAAAGGCCAGGAAUGGGAGAUCCAGAACAAUGCUACCGAUGCGGACGUGGAGGCCAUUGGUCCAAGGAAUGUCCAAAAGGAGGAAUGGGAGGAGGACCGGACAGGAAUGGAUUUCGCGACAGAAUGUUUGGACGUGACCCGUAUCCUCCACCGCCGCCACCACCUUUCCUUCGGGACCGGCUAAUGGGUGGUGGCCGCUUUGGAGACUACGAAAGCUACUAUGACAGGAGGGGCUUCGACGACACCAGGGAUCUCUACGAGAGGCGGUUUACGGGUAUGACAGGGCCCUGUGACAUGGGAACAUCCAUGUGCGGGCUAGACUUUCCACCAAUGACAAUGCCACCUCUACCUCCCAGACGAGACCCAAUGCCUCCUAUGCCUCCUCUAGGUAUGGGAUCCAUGCGUGACACUGGCUUCUCCCGAGGCAACGAUUAUGGCAUGUUCAGCCGACGAUCACCCCCUCCAAGCGGCAACAACGGCCGGUUCAGUAGAGGCAUGUACGAGGACUUCAGCCGAGAUUCGUUCGAAGAACGUAGACCGGGAUUACGAGGGCCAUCGCCGUCGCGCCGGUUCGCACCAUACUAAAUCGUCGCGUCGGGCUCGGAUCGGUCUGUCGGUCUGUCCGUCUCUCUCUGUGUCGGGUCUGAUCGCUAGCAGGAAGCCUCGGGACCGAGAUACUCUUGGCCGUCUGUCGAUCUGCACGCGCGAAGAUCUGCCGCAACCGCUAUAUGAGAAAAGAAACACAAGUACAUUCUGUCACCCGCAGGGCGCCCAUUUAAUAAUUAGAUUAUUCUUAAUAAAUAAACUUAUGAUAAAAAGAAAUGAAAUGAAAUGAAA